AUGGCAGAGGGCCACAAGAUUGAAGAUCUCUUGGCACAGAUACCGCCACAUGAGUUUGCAGCUCAUGAGAAGUGCCUGAAGAACAUCUACCUUGUGCUGGAGAAAGACAGUUAUGAGCUAUGGCGAUUCUACAUUGACAAACGAGUUCGAGCGCUCCUGGAACUCUACCAAAAAGCCUUUGAGAAGCUGAAGUCAACCAUUGGAGAGAGUGCGGCAGCAAAAGUCAUCAACCUGGAAGACGACAGUGAUGAGGAGGUGAAGGAUGAUGAGCCUGAAGUUGAGUGGACGGAGACUGAAUUGGAGACUACGCCGCCUGUGUCUUCAUUGUCUGCUCAGGCUUCAUCGUCUGCUGUCACGCCAAAGGUCUCUGAGGUCCAGCAAAUGGAUAAGAUGUCUCUGCCAGAGCUGAAGCAAAUGCUUGCCCAUGCCGAGCGGAGGAUGUCUGCUAAGAAAUUGAUGCAAGAAGAAAGGGAACGCGUCAAAUUGCUAUGGCCCGAGAAGGAUUCUUGUGAGUUGAUUGACUUGGACAGCCCUCCGCCACCAAAGGUGAGAAAGGCGAAGAGCAUAGAUGAAGUUGUAACACUCCCAAUGGUGGUCAACACGCAGGCCUUUGAACAUGCUCUUGAAGAGGCUUUGCCAACACCUUGUCCAAAAGCAGGGGAUGCACCAGAUGUCUCGGCUGAGAAGACGACUCUGGUUGUGACUCGCAGCCACCAGCUACACCUUAAGGCUGGCAAGACUGCAAGUCAAGCCAAAGAAGCUGUUGAGAGGGUCACUCAAAAGCGUGCGACAACUGAUGAGGUCGAAGAGGAAACGAAAGAUGAAGAAGAGGGACAGGAGGAAGAGAAGCCGGUCAAGGCUCGUCGCAGGCUCAGGAGAGCAGAGGUGACUGAAGAGGAUGAAGAGAUGCUGGUGAAGGCUCGUGCCAAGAGAGCAGAGGAUGAGGAGAAUGAAGUUGAAGAUGAAGAGAAACCGGUGAAGGCUCGUGCCAAGAGAGCACAGGGGAAUGAAGAUGAAGAGAAACCGGUGAAGGCUCGCGCCAAGAGAGCACAAGAGGAGAAUGAAGUUGAAGAUGAAGAGAAACCGGUGAAGGCUCGUGCCAGGAGAGCACAGAGGAAUGAAGAUGAGGAGAAACCGGUGAAGGCUCGCGCCAAGAGAGCACAGAGGAAUGAAGUUGAAGAUGAGGAGAAACCGGUGAAGGCUCGUGCCAAGAGAGCACUGGGGAAUGAAGUUGAAGAUGAAGAGAAACCGGUGAAGGCUCGUGCCAAGAGAGCACAGGGGAAUGAAGUUGAAGAUGAAGAGAAACCGGUGAAGGCUCGUGCCAAGAGAGCACAAGAGGAGGAAUGUGAGGAGGAUGUCAAGGACAAGCGAAAGGGCCGAGGCCGUCCUAGUGCCAAGACAAAGCCUAAGUCAAAGGCAAAGUCAAAGGCAAGGGGCAAGCCUGAUGAGUCGAGAAAAGAUGUGGAGGAGACAAAGAAACGUGUUGCGGUGCCUGGCUUCCCCUUGACGUUUGCGCGUCGCUACCGACCAGAAAGUGAGUCAUCUGCUGCUCACUGGGAGGCGAAGGUGAAGUUCUGGAAGUUUGCCACCGAUGACUGGUCCAUGAAUGGUGAAGAUGACAGUUUGAAGGGUCUCUCGGACUUCUACAAGACGAGUGCUGAGAACUUCUGUUCGUGA